AUGGUCCGCCCGCUUGCACGAUUGGCCUCGCUCGCCGGCCCGAGCCGCGGAUUUGCGUCCACCGCGCGCGCGAUGGCUUAUCCCUUUUCCGGCAACGUCGCGUUCCCCGAGCCCAAGGCGCCCUCCCCGCUUCCCCAGAACCUCCUCACCCCCAAAAAUGGGUGGCACGUCGUCGAGCACGUCAACGCCGGCCUGAGACAGGAGGUCGACCCCGAAGGCCUGCUCAAGACGCUGUUUGCGCGUCGUUCGCGCGACCGCCUGCGUACCGGUUCGGUCGUGUCCGUCCUCUCGUACCUCAAGGCGGACCGGUCAGGUGGCGUGCAGCCAUUUUCGGGCGUGCUUAUGAAGGUGCGGCGCCGUGGAGUUGACACGAGCUUUACGCUGCGCAACAUUGUCGCCAAGACGGGUAUCGAGAUGAACUUCAAGGUGUGCUCGCCCAUGAUCAAGGAGAUCAAGAUUGUGCGCCGCGCCGAGGGACGAAACGGACCGAUCAAGGACCUGCGUCGUGCGCGCGCGACAUACCUCCGCGAGAGGCCUGACAUGAUGGCCACCAUUGCCAGCGCGCUCAAGCAGGACCAGGCACAGCGCGUCGCUGCUAAGCGCGACAGCCCCUCAGGCGGCAAGAAGAAGUAA